AAAUGCAGCCGCUGGUCUAGCCGCUUCUGCAUUUGCUAUCAUCUCAUGAAGCCAUGGACAUGUCACCCGAGCACCAGCUCCCUCUCUUCAAGCUCAUUCUCCCUCAUUAACCUAUCAACGCCCAAGCACUCCCACACCUUCUUCCAUCCACGACACCGUUUUCUCAGAUUCAAUCCCAUCGCCUGUAGUACCCCUGAUAGUGGCGGCAACACCAACGUUAACGAUGGCGGCAGCGGCGUGCCAGACUCAGUUCAAUCACCGACCAUGCCACCGCCGGGAGCUGUGGAAGUACGCUUCAGAAGAAGGUCGAGAAGGCAAGCCAGGCAACAGAGGGGUGAUGGAGGAGUCUCGAACGCCGCGCAAUCCACCAAGGCAAAGGUUUCAGCGAGUUAUCCGAAGAAAUGGGAGGACAUGAGCUUGGCGGAGAAGGCAACUGACUUGUACAUGGGAGAGAAGGGUUUACUGUUUUGGCUUAAUAAGUUUGCAUACGCUUCAAUCUUCAUAAUGAUAGGGGCUUGGAUAUUGUUCAGGUUUGUGGGGCCGUCCCUUAAUCUUUACCAGUUGGAUUCUCCUCCUCUCUCCCCUUCUUCCGUGUUCAAGGGAUCUUCCUGAUCUCUCAGGAGUUGCAACUGCUGAGUACUGCUUCCUCGGGCGAAGAAAUUGGUUUGCCUUUAAUCCUGGUGCAUGCCAGGAUUAUGUUAAUUCUCACAAUAGUAGAAGUACCCUGAUCAGGAGCGCACGAGCAAGUCAUACCUUUUAGUGCAUGAAUAAAGUUGGAUAGAGUAUGAAUUUCAUGUCCACUUAUCCUGUUCUUUAAUUUGCGCACAUAAAAACGAAGAAUGGAAGAUUCAACCUCAAUAACACAACUCAUACCCAAAAUCUUCUUUUUAGGAAAUGGGAAAUAAGUGUAGCAAGUAUAUAUCUUUCAAAGGCUAAACAAUUCAAAGCUGGAAAUCCAAAAUUCGAAGCAAGCAGCAAUCUUAACUAAUGAAUCCAAUGUUCCACCGCAACAUUGGCUGUUUGCGUGUGA